AGAAUCCAAAUGAGCGGAAGUACGUCAGCUGGUUUCUGCUCUAGCUAGCUAGUGAGGACGCAGCAUGGACAAAGUGAGGAGGAUUCUGGUUCACAUCUGUAAAGACCGAGCGGCUCCACAGAGAGCUCAGUUUGUUCAGAGUGUGACGGGUCACUUCAGUGAGCGCGGUGACGAUGAGGUGGAGGUGAGCUGCUCUCUGGAGAAACAACAGUUUGUCCUCUACAGAGCAGACAGAGGACGAGGGACUCCUCUGAAGAGGCCCGCCUUCUGUCCCAUCAAACACCUGUCAGUCACGGAGGCAGCUGCGAUCCCAUUGGACGUUCAGCAGCGUGGAGUAGAUGUGGGCGUGGCCAUCAUCCUGCAGACAGCCAAUCAGAGAGUGCUGUUGACACGGAGGGCGAAGGAGCUUCGUAUAUUCCCCAACGUCUGGGUUCCUCCAGGCGGCCACCUUGAGCCCGAUGAGACGCUGCUGGAAGCCGGCCUCAGGGAGCUACAGGAGGAAACUGGACUGAGACUGGAACCACAGGGAGUGUCUCCAAAAGUACUGGGACUCUGGGAGUCGGUGUUUCCUCCCAUGUUGUCCAGAGGUCUUCCUCAGAGACAUCACAUUGUCGUCUACAUGCUGCUGCUCUCCCCCCUCUCUCACCUGCAGCUUCAGGUACGUUCAGACUCGUAUCCCGCCCGUCCGGCUGAGGUCAGUGCUUGUCUCUGGGCCGACAGCCGGCUGGUCAGAGCCGUCGUGUCCGCCGUGGACGGAGAGGACGGAGACGUUCACCUGCAAGACCUGCAGAGCAGCGUCAGUGUGUCUCAGGUCUCCUCAGAAGGAGCUCUGAGUGACUCCACUCUGCCUCUGGAGGCGUUUGUGAGCCGGGCGCCGGUCAGCGGCCCAGACGUGGAGCGGGUCAGCACCGGGACCAAGUUCGCCCUGGAGCUGUGGCUGAAGACCCUGGAGGACCCCCCCCCCGACCUCUGACCCUGACCUGUGACACCCUGCAGGCAUCAGGAAGGACGACACUGGAUCAAAGAUAUGACUCUCUUUGAAAAUCAUCUUUAUUUUCUUCAUAAAACACACCUGAGGUACCUCUGAAACACCUGAGGUACCUCUGAAACACCUGAAGUACCUCUGAAACACCUGACGCUUGUGGCCAGCAGGGGGCAGCGUUGACGCCUUGAAGCUUCACUUGUUUUCUCAGAACCUGAGACUUUAACAUUUACAUUCUCCAGUUAAAA